UGCCUAGGGUUGCUCAGCAAAGCGGUAAAACGGACCAAAAGGCAUCGAAUUGGUGCGAGAGCAGUGAAUCGGGACACCAUCCGUCUCGACGGGCCUGCUUCCAAGCCCUCGUGCAGCGCCGUACCUGCCAACCACUAGCUGCUCAAAGACCUCGCAAGACCUCGCAGGACCUCGCAGCCAUGAAUCCCGCCGACCAGCAGCGAAGGAUGCUCGAGAUGCAGCACAAAAUAAGAAACGACGCCCAGCAACAACAGCACUACCUGGGCGAGUUCGCCGACUGGAAUCGGGACAUCGCGAAAAAAGACAAGGAGCGCCGCGCGGCGCCCACGGACCUGCCGCCCGUGCGCGGCGGUAUGAGGGUGGGCGUGCGGAACUCGGCGGCUAAGAGUGAUGCGGGUGCCGCGCAGCAUCGAAAACAAUCAGCAAAAGCGCCGGGCGCCCAUGUGUAUGACAAGGGCUACAAAAAGUGGGAGCAGUUCGACGCGGACAACUAUGAUAUUGAUGAGGAGGCGACGACCGUCGUCGAGGAGGUACAAAUGCGGCGUCCGAAGAUCAUUGUGUGACGACCGCGUCGAGGUGGCAUCGACGCGACGCGACGAGAGUGCGCGUCGGUUAGCGGCGAGGGCGUACGGGGGCGCCAGACGCCAUCGACGCGACACAGCCUCGGACGCCAUCGCCGCGACGCGGCCUCGGGACGCGACUGGAAUGAACCAAACACAGGUCCCCGCCGACGCGCGCCCUCUGGCGGAACCGGAGAACCCCGAGGAGGCCCAGCGCCGGUUGGGCAACGAGAAAUUUUCCAAAGGCGACUACGAGGGCGCCGUGCGGAGCUACUCGUUGUGUCUGGGACUGAAAGCAAGGAACCACGUCGCGUUAUCGAAUCGCGCGAUGGCCUACCUGAAGCAGAACCAGUACAACAACGCCGAGGCGGACUGCGACACGGCCCUGUCUUAUGAGCCGGACCACUUUAAGAGUUUGCAGCGCCGCGCGACGGCGCGGCACGCGCUCGGGAAGCACCGCGCCGCGGCCCAGGACGUCAUGCGCGCCUUGAGGAUCGAGCCCGCUUCCAAGGCUCUACUGGCGCAGCAGCAGCGCAUCCUCGCUGCGUUACGGUCGGCCGCCGCGGACGCGCCGUUCGUUUCGGUUCGAGCGGCGGAGGCUUCGUCCUAAGGUUUUGUUAGUAGUC